AUGACAGGUCAUGAUGAUGCAUAUGCCAUUCUCCUGGCGACGUACCACCCAUCCCUGCAUCUGUUGGGGCUGAGCACCGUCCAUGGCAACGCGUCACUGUCGCAAACCACGCAUAACGCACUCAGCGUACUCGAAGCCAUCGGCAAGCCGCGAGUGCCAGUGUUUCCAGGCACUGCGCACCCGUUCUGCCGGGUGAUCCACACGGCCAGCGACAUCCACGGCGCCAGUGGGCUCGCCGGUAGUGGACUGCUGCCCGAGCCGUCGCGCUCUGCCCUGGCUCACUGCAAUGCGAUUUUGGAGAUGCGCGCCUCAUUACGGGCUCAACCCGCGAACACUGCCUGGCUGGUCGCCACGGGACCAUUGACCAACGUCGCGCUUCUGUUCGCCCUGGAUCCGGAUUUGGUAAACCACGUCGCUGGCCUGUCCAUCAUGGGCGGAUCCAUCGGAGGAGACUUCACCCACGUCACCAUGGGCGGCCCGCCGCAGCUCAACACAAUCACGGGCGCCACUCACGACCGCAUCGGAAACCGGACUCCCUGGGCUGAAUUCAACAUCUGGGCCGACCCGGAGGCGGCGCGCGCCGUCCUGCAGAAUCCUGUGCUGCAGGCCAAAACCACUCUGAUACCCCUCGACCUCACCCACCAGGCCUAUGCAACGCAACAGGUCCGCGAUUUGUUGCUGCAUGGCCAUAGACAACCGCGUGACCCCAGCUCUUCCAGCGACCCUUCCAAACCUCAACUCCAGCCCCCCACAAGGCUCCGCACCAUGUUUACUGAAUUGCUCAUGUUCUUCGCCCAGACGUAUGCCGAUGUAUUUGGCUUGACCGAGGGUCCGCCCCUGCAUGACCCCAUUGCAGUUACGGUUCUGCUAGGCGCGCUUCCAGAUCCGGCUAAGAGAAUAGCCUUCGACGACCGCGGCGGCGAGAGAUGGAAUGUCGAUGUCGUCUUGGAAGGCGAACAAGUCGGCCGGACCGUGGCGACCAAGGCGAGAAAUGGAAUCGGUAUCACCAUUCCCAGGUCUCUCGAUCUCGAUCGCUUCUGGUCGACCCUGGAAUCCUGCAUGGCUCGUGCGGACGAGGCCACUGGAUAUACCAGGUGA